UAAGUAUCAAGAUCUGGACACAUCACCUAGCUUUUUAGGAGAAACAUCAGGCAGUGAUACUAGUCAAAAUCUGAUAGCUACUUUUCAUACAGAAGCUUUACAGACUCACAAAAUUUAUUCCUCUUUUUCAUCUGAAAGUUCAUUUAGUGAAACUAAGGUCUCCAAAAUAUCUAGAAGAAUGGGUGCUUCUUCUCUGUUGCCUGAUACAACAGUUAAGAAAGGAGACAUAUGUCAGGCAAACUCUGAAUUUGAACAUAACUUUGUUUCAGGGGCCAAUCUUAAAUUAGACUUUGACACAAUUUCUGACAUAACGAAAAGUGAGGUGUCCAUAGGAGAAAGAUUUGUUUCAGAUUCUAUGGAUGCAUUGGCUGAAGAAUUUCUCAAAGAACAAGUGGGUGUGGAAGAACAUGAGACUCUAAACCCAAACAAUACCUUGUCUGGGAACAAGAAUAUGGAUAGUUGCUGGUUUCUUCUGAAAAUUGAUGAAGUUAUAGAUCAGGAAGAUUCUGUGUGUGCCACAGAUGAAGAAAACAAAUUCAGAGACCCGGAGUGUGGAGAUGCUAUUUUAGAUCAUGGUCUUGACUUUCCACAGUUGGAGAGCAAAUCGGGGUAUCAGUCAUUCACAGAUGGCACUGCAGUUACCAAGCUCAGUGAGAAAAGAAGAAUGUCAAGUGAUCACCAAGAGGGCUUUGAUGGUGAAAUCAACAAUGUAGAAGAAAAUGUGAAUACUCAACCAGCCGAAGAAAACAGUCCUGUGCAGGAGGAAGAAAGCCUGCGACAACAUCAAUCUCACGGUGUAAAAAUGGUCUUAUACGAAUUGUCUGGGUCAACAGUCAAACUCCUCGGAACUCAGACUCGCAGUGAUGAAAUGUUCACUUUGGGGAAGCUCAUAGAACUGGAGGAUUCGUCAGAUGAUGAGCACAAGGAAAGCCAAGGCAACUGUGCUCUUCUGCUACCAAAUAGUAAAAAUGAAGGGAAGCUGUAUUCAGAAACUGUCGUUCAGCACAAACCUUUGAAUUUAGAUGAUAGUAGGACAAAGAAGAAUAAGAGACGUCAGGGACCUAACAAGGCACCAGCUCCACUUCACAGUUUUCAGCUGACUCAGGAACAAAGUCGUCGUAAGGUUGUGGAUGCCUUGAGGGAAGCUCUUUUGAAAAGGUUGGAUGAUUUGUCUGACUUGGGUGUACAGAAAAACACAGUCUUGAAGAUAGCAAAGAAAGUGGAGCAGGAGAUUUUCAAACGGUUUUGCUGUGUUGAACAAAACUACAAGAACAAGUACCGCAGUCUGCUCUUCAAUUUAAAAUCUGCAGAAAACCAGUGCCUCUGCCGCAAAUUAAUACUUGGGGAGAUUACCCCCAAGAGACUAGUUCAGAUGAGCUCCCUUGAGAUGGCACCCCCGGAACUAGCAGAGUGGAGAGCCAAAGAGCACAAACGUGUGCUGGAAAUAAUAGAGAGAGAGGAACAAGAAGCACCAAGGUGCUGCUCUGCAAAAUUCAACCACAAAGGAAUUGUAGAGAUAGAGAGAGAAGCAGAAGAGGACUUGAUGUUCCUAGAAAUAUUUGUGAGUAGAUAUGACUUUGAUUAUGCUUUCAGUAGUGCUUUGGGAUCACGGUCACCUAAGGAGGUGAACCGUAGUUCUGAGCUUCCUAGAGUAUCUGUAAGAGACCCAGAUGAUGUUCAGCGGAAUCGUUCUGAGGAUCCUAACUAUCUUAGUUGUUUUGGACAAAUUACUGCCGGCAGUGAGCGGGGAUUUAAGGCACCUAUGUACAAGCACACUUUAAAAGAGAAAGCAAAUGCCACCAAACAUUGGCACCUAAGCACCAUGUACUCAGAGGAAGGAGAAAGGCUUCUGCAUGCGGACAGCCCUGUCUCACCGCACAUUCCAAAGAAACAUCGACGAGUGGAGAAGCAGUCCAGGAGCUCGGCCAUCUGGGAAGGAGUCAUUCACAUGUUCAGUGUGAAGCAGUUUGUGGCAAAAGCAUAUCCAGUUUCUGGAUCCAGCUGUAAUCUGUCACGGGCCUUACCACAUCUUCUACAGGGAAGGGGCUGUAUUCUCCCGGAGGAUGUCUGGGCCUAUCUAGACAGCAUAUGGCCAGCAAACAGCAAGGAGAUGGGAGUGAUAAGAUUCCACCCCAGCUUACCCAAAGGCUUCGACCCUUAUAACACACUGUAUUCCUACUUGAACAAUAAACAGAGAUAUGGCAUCGUGGACAGCAACCAGAUGGAGAUAUUCAUGGUGCCUUUAGCAGCUUACCAGCCUGUGCCUUCUAAACUGCACGCAUUUGGUGGUCCAGGGCUUGAGCCAUGCCACCCUUCAUUGUUGCUGGGACUAAUUCUGCCCAAGAGAACAUGUACAGCCAGUUUGGAAACAAUGUCUAAUCCUUUACCAAAAGCCAGGCAAAAGAAUACCACUUUAAAGGACAGGAUUGGAGCUGAUGGCUUUUCUCUUCCACAAGUGGACACUUGCCAGACAUGGCCACCACAACAAUUGUCCAUAGAUAGCCUUCUCUGUGGAAAUGAGGAGCCCUUGCUAGUCCUUCCAAGACAAGAGCCUUUAGCAGCUGAUGCUGUCUUUGUUCACCCUGAAGAGCUUGGUGGAGAGACAUUUCAUAGAGAUCCUUCCUCUUUGCGGCAUGAAGAGGCAAGAAAUGAAGCCAACCACUUUCCUGUAGGUGAUACUCUCCAGUCACUAAGUAGUUCUCCUUGGGCAGUGGAACAGUGGAGCAACUUGAGUCUGGGAAUCUUGGGAGCACAGCCACAUCAGGACAGGGAUCAUGUGCAGCUCUCUGGUGAUUCUGAUCAAUCACAUGUCUGGAAGACUAUUGAGCUUCUUUUGUCUUCUGAGCCUGUGUGCCCAGAUCAGCAUGAAGCAGAUGGAGCAAACAUAUUAGAUUACCCAUUCUUACAGAGCAUCCUUUGUGCUGAUGCUGUGCCACCUUGCGAAGUGUCGCAGGUUCUAUCUUCGCCCCAGAUUCCCUGCAUUCCAUAUGUUGCUGGAGAACCCAGCUCAUUGUUGCAGGAAACUUUAUCCCUCAUCCAGCAUGUUGAGUCCCAUCUCCAUACCCAGGGGCCUAAUACACAGAGGCCCUAAGAGCCUUGUGGCCCUCAAGGACUAAACUGUAGUUGUUUAAAUACAAAAUGCAAAGAAAGGGAAAUGUGGCUUUAAAGAUUGUGGUGAGGCAUGGCAGCCAUCUUCUAAUGCAAUUAAGAAUUUAUCUUGGGG